AUGGCUGCUAGACUCUUUGUGGGGCAAACCCCCAAGGAAGCCUCAAUCCCGGUGCAAUCAAACAAACCAAUACCAAAGAACAAGCUUGAAGUACGCAAGAAGAGAAUUCGAGAUUUCGUCUUCUUACACGACAAUAUUCACGUUAUGAGCGGUUUGGAGGACGGCACGAUACAUAAGUGGGACCUUGACACAGGACUCGCUGUUGGGAAGCCAUUAAUAAGCAAGGGGGGAAGGAUGUAUGCAAUGGCUCUUUCACCGGACGGGAAGAUGAUUGCGUGCGGGAGGGCAGAUGGAAGUGUUCAACAGUUGAACACCCAUGGAGAAGUCAUGCUUCAAGGUAUCUGGAGGUGUCAUAGGAACUGGGUGCGGUCGCUCUCAUGGUCUCCCAGCGGAGGUCAUAUCGCCAGCGGAUCCUUCGAUGGAGAAAUCCUGAUUCGAAAAGUAGAAAGUGGGGAUGUAGAGGUGGGCCCAAUCCAGACGAAGCAAAUUGGUGUGUCUGCACUUGCAUAUUCACCUUCGGGAGAGAAGAUUGCAUCAGGCGGGUACAACGCUACAAUCUGCAUCUGGAACUGGCCAGCUCACCACAACACUAGACUUUAUUCUGCAUCCGACUUCUUUGCACGUGUUUUUGAUAGCGAAUCAGGUGCACUACUCCAUUCCUUGGAGCACGACCAUAUAUUGUUUUCUGUUACGCUUUCACCCAAAAACAAUCUCCUAGCAUGUGUGGGCAGUAAAGGUGUUGCACAACUAUGGGACACAGAAUCCUAUCAGCCACUUGGACAGCCAUUUCACGACCACCUGACCCUUCGUCAUGUGGCAUUUUCUCGAGACGGGAACCAUCUAGCAUAUUGCGGAAUGGACGGCAAGGUUACUCUCUGGAUGGUGGAAGACAUAGUUCCCGAUUUUGAAGCAUCCACACUACCUCAACAAGAUCAUGGACAACUUGAAGCUACGCAACAGCCUGAAGAGACUCUGCCCGAGCUACACCAAAGAACUCAACCCCAGUCCCCACUAGUGUCUUCUUUCCUCGACGUUGAUGCUACGGGGAGUGAUGGCAUCACCGAGGAGAUGCGCGAUGACCCAUACAAUUUUUUCCAGUUUUCUCAAACUACUCUUCCUGCCACAACAGCGAAAUCCCCUCGGCCUCCCAACCCGUCCCCAGCUCAACGCUUCUGGAAAAUAAUAUCUCGGUCUGUCACAUUACGAGAAUGCACCAAGCACAAGCUCUUGGCAUGGCGGGUAUGCUCAAAUACAUUCGUUGAGCCUGCAACCAUAGCACACAACCAACCAACACCAGACGAGAAGUUGCGAGCAGAAGAAAAUGAUAAGGCCAGCAUCCAAGAUGCCGAUUGCCCCAUAAAUGCUGGCCUGGGCUCCAACAAACUAGAAGCAGAUGAAGGCCAGCCACGUGGAAGGUCUCUUACCAGUACGCAAAGCUCACCUGCAGAGAUUUGGAAAUGGUCGAUGCAUACUCGAGGGAAGGAUCCUACAUCCGUCAGCAUGGCUCCACAUCCAGAAGUCGUCGAGGUGUUUGCCGUGCGCGGGUUCCAGAAAUACAUGGCUUUGAUACUGAAACGCAAGACAAAGUCAUCGACAGUAACGUGCAAGACUCCUCUGGCUGUAGAUCACACGAGCGGGUCUUCGCAGCCGGCUCCAUCCUGCCCAUCUCACACACUGUCAUCUCAACUCGACUGCGCUCAGCGCGGUUCCGUGCAUGAUUCGCUCAGUGCCACGAAGAAUAUUGGCAAACAGCGAGAUGAUCCUCCUGCCCACGCGCAGAGCUUACCCUCUUAUGAUCGCACUCUUCCCGCCCACUUGGAUAGUAAAGAUGGUCGAGGUCUCUGGGAACAGUUAGUGCAGGCUCAGGGCAAAAGUCUCACAUUUGAUUCCCUGUGUCCCAGUACUCGACUUGCAAAUGCACCCCAACACAGAAUACCACAGAAUUCCCGGCACUGGAAUUCCAGCUCAACUCCCAUAGGAUCUUCCAGAUGUCCUGUCGAUGUUGCUGCUUGUCGCGAUGAAAACAGAUACGGCAUUGUCCCUGAAUCUGAUGCGGAAGCGGCUGCGGCCAUGCAACGCACGAAUGACGAUAUAGCCAACAGUUCAACGCUACCAGGUCAACCUGCAGAAGUGGCGCAGGUUUCUCAAGGACGGCCCAUACAAACACAAGCCUCGACAAGCGGGAUAGAAGAAAUUGCAGACCAGGGGGUGGGAUGGUAUUGGUCGUUUGAAUCGCAUUUCCAACAGGAAAGGCUCUCAGGUGGAGGUUACAUGGUUACAGCCGAUGCAACAAGGUCAGCCAUCGUAGUUUUCAAGAGACUUGACGACAAAGCGGUCUUUGUCAAUCGUAUUUACGACCGAUCGCAACAAACUGCUAGUUAA